CAAGGGCCUUUGCCUGAUCCAACCAUUUGCGGGUAUUUCUGGUAGAUGUCGUACAGCCCGAGAGCUCGCAGCUUCGGCCUCCAUGUGUUGCUCUUCGAGCCGGUUAUGGGCUUCAACCUGCUGGCCAGAGAGCACAAACCAGCUCUUAAUUUGGUUCGACAAGAGCAACUGGUCUUUUGGAGCGUGCUUUUGUCGGUGAUCGGUGGAGCGUGCCGUCGAUGUCUAUCGCAGCGUGGGCUGGGCGGACGAGUAUUCUCUGCUCUUGCACGAGCGGAGGUCCUACGACCACGGAAAAAAGCUGUCCAAGGGCCUUUGCCUCAUCCAACCAUUUGCGGGUUACGGAAUCUACGACGUAUAGGACGCCCAGCUUUACUUGGCAGGUGUUGACACUCCCAAA